AUGUACAAGAAGGCUGAGGCUUCCUUCUGGACUGCUGAGGAGAUUGAUCUCUCCAAGGAUCUCCACGACUGGAACAACCGCCUGACUGCUGAUGAGCAGUUCUUCGUCUCUCAUAUCCUUGCUUUCUUCGCUGCCUCUGAUGGUAUUGUCAACGAGAACCUCGUCGAGCGUUUCAGUGGCGAGGUCCAGAUCCCCGAGGCUCGUUGCUUCUACGGCUUCCAGAUCAUGAUGGAGAACAUUCACUCCGAGACCUACUCCCUCCUCAUCGACACAUACAUUAAGGAGCCCGCCCAGCGAACCUACCUCUUCAACGCCAUUGACACUAUUCCCUGCAUCCGAAAGAAGGCUGACUGGGCCAUCCGAUGGAUCCAGGAUAAGGACUCCUCCUUUGCCCAGCGUCUCGUUGCCUUCGCUGCUGUUGAGGGUAUCUUCUUCAGUGGUGCCUUCGCCUCUAUCUUCUGGCUCAAGAAGCGCGGUCUCAUGCCCGGUCUGACUUUCUCCAACGAGCUCAUCUCUCGCGACGAGGGUCUUCACACUGACUUUGCAUGCCUCCUCCACUCUCACCUCAAGGGUCGUGCCAGCAAGCAGAUGAUUCAAGACAUCAUUACUGACGCCGUCACCAUUGAGCAGGAGUUCCUCACUGAGGCUCUUCCCUGUGCCCUUCUCGGCAUGAACUCUGACCUCAUGAAGCAGUACAUUGAGUUCGUCGCUGAUCGUCUCCUCGUCGCUCUUGGCAACGAGAAAGUCUACAAGGCCACCAACCCCUUCGACUUCAUGGAGAACAUCUCCCUUGGCGGCAAGACCAACUUCUUCGAGAAGCGUGUUGCCGACUACCAGAAGGCCGGUGUCCUCCACAGUGCCACUAAGAAGACUGAGGAGGAUGAGUCCCCGAAGGGUGAGAACGGCGGUGACUUCACCUUUGACGAGGAUUUCUGA